CAGACAGCAUACAAACUUCAAACUCAGCUCAGUACAUUGAGCAUUUGUGUCGUGUUAAGUUAGUUUCACGUUUUGUGUUCGACGCUUUUUUAUUCAAUUUUUCUUUCCUAACAAAAGUUUUUAAUUUUUUUUUGCUUUGGUGGCAAGAAAAAUAACGUGGAUCGAGUGAAAGAAAAAGGAGAGAAACGAAAAAAAACUUAUCGAAAUUGAACUUUGCGCAAUUUUGUUGUGCUUAAGCGUAAAGUGAAUUUAAUUUAUUUAGCAUUUAGUUUAUUGUGAAGUAUUUCUUUGUGAAAAAGAGAAAAUGUUUGAUGUUUUUGGCUCCGUUAAGGGUCUUUUAAAGUUAGACCAAGUCUGCAUUGACAACAACAUAUUUCGAUUGCAUUAUAAAGCGACGGUGAUUGUUUUAAUUGCCUUCUCGCUUUUAGUUACAUCGAGACAAUAUAUCGGUGACCCAAUAGAUUGCAUUGUCGAUGAGAUUCCAUUAAAUGUUAUGGACACAUAUUGUUGGAUUUAUUCAACUUUCACGAUACCCAAUCGAUUGACUGGUGUUGUUGGAAAGGACAUUGUACAACCCGGUGUAGGAUCACAUAUUGAUGGUGAAGAUGAGGUCAAAUAUCAUAAAUAUUAUCAGUGGGUGUGCUUUGUGCUAUUUUUCCAAGCCAUUUGCUUUUAUAUUCCACGAUAUUUGUGGAAGACAUGGGAAGGUGGUCGCAUCAAAAUGCUUGUCUUAGAUCUCAAUUGUCCCGUCGUCAACGAAGAGAAUAAAGAAGAACGAAAAAAGAUUCUUUUGGACUAUUUUUCGGACAAUCUUAACCGACAUAAUUUCUAUGCGUUCAGAUUCUUCAUUUGUGAGGCUCUCAACUUUAUCAAUGUUUUUGUGCAAAUCUACUUCAUGGAUUACUUUUUGGGUGGUGAAUUCUCAACUUAUGGAAGUGAUGUAUUAAGCUUCACAGAGAUGGAACCAGAAGAACGAGGUGAUCCAAUGUCACGUGUUUUUCCAAAAGUUACGAAAUGUACAUUCCAUAAAUAUGGCCCUUCGGGAAGUGUUCAGAAGUUCGAUGGGCUUUGCGUGCUUCCGCUUAACAUUGUCAACGAGAAAAUCUUUGUGUUUUUGUGGUUCUGGUUCAUCGCUUUGACGAUAUUGUCAGGUAUAUCACUUGUGUAUCGAGUAGCAGUUUGCUUUUGGCCGAAAGUUCGUCUUUAUCUGUUGCGCGCACGCAGUCGCUUGUCUUCUCAUGAAGAUGUUGAACAAAUUGCCGAUAAAUGUCAAAUUGGUGACUGGUUUAUUCUUUACCAACUUGGAAAGAACAUUGAUCCGUUGAUCUACAAAGAAGUGAUUAACGAUCUCGCAGCGAAACUGGAGGGCACUAAAUCUAUUGUGUAGAAUGAUUAUCAAAGCAAAUUCAUUUGACAAUAAUGACAUCUUUUUCUUCCUUGGUGGUUCCGUCAUGUGAAAGGGUAAGAAAAAGAUUCAUCAAGCAUUUUUACAGAAAGAACUAAUCUUCUUUCUCGUCUCAUAGUCUUUAGUAUGUUUUUAAUUUGCGAUUUUAUGAUGCAAGACACAAAAGAAAAUUCUUUUACGGAUUAGAAGGGAAGAAAAGUGCGUUUUAUCUUUGUAUGCGUUUUCCUGUUGUGGCGCAUAUUGCUAUUGAGUGUUGAUGCUUCAAACAUUAACAAAGAAUGAGAGAAGAAAAAAAAUUAUUACUGAAGACGGGCCAUAUAGCAGAGAGAAGAAAGAAGAAAAAAAAACAUGAAAAACGUUAAAUUUAAAUGCAACGUUGCCAUACAUCAAAACCAUGUUGCUUUGAAACAUUUUUUUUAUUUCGGAAACAUUAAUAUUCGUUUCUCAUAAGAUCGAAGCUACUUUCUCUCUCUCACUCUUUCUCACUUGCGACCACUCACACACGCUAGUGAAUGCCAUUUUGUGUCACACUUUGCGCUACAUAUCUUUAAAUGGUUUUAUUUAUGAUGGUGCACAAUGAUUUCUUUUUUAUUCUUAUGAACAUUUUAUUGUCAGAAUUAUAAAUCUUAUAAUAACUUCUCAAAAUAUUUAUCUUAUCUUUUAAUAAUUAAGACGCAUAUGAAGAUAAACGGCAGCUUUUCUUUUCUCAAUCGUCAUUCUUUCUUCGUGAGUAAUGAAUUUAUUAGACUUCAUUUAGACGUUCAAAAGUAAGAGAAAUAAAAAUAAAUUAUACUCGAAAAGAUUCAAAUUAGAUAAAGGAAAAAAGAAAUGAGCAAAAAUCUCACUAAUGUUUAGUCGUAGUUUCCAUGCAGUAACUUUUUCCGAAUGUAUGUUUAACAGUUUUGCAAUAGUAAGUUAUCAUAAUUCUUCUGUUUUUACAUUUUUCUUAUCACAUGUUCUCUAUUUUCAUUUCCUCCUAAAUAACUAAACUUUGUGUUUAUUAUUUGCGGAAGAAUAUUUUUAGUUCAUGAAAAUGGUUUUAAAUUUUUAUACAAUGAAAUGAACGAACAUAUCAGAUGCAAAUCGAAUUGAAAUUUAAACAAAUAUUUAUACUGGGAUCUGUGUAAAAAUUUGUAACAUGAGGGAAUAUUUUACAGGAAAAUUGUUCAAGUUUCAUUGUGUGACAGAAUUUAACAUUAUUUUCCACCAAAUUAUCAAUUUUACUUUUACCCUACAUUCCAUUUUUACAAAUUACAAAUUAAUUCAGUGCACAGUUCAAGUAAAGUCGAAAAGCAAAAGUAUUAAAGCGAGAACUUCAUAAAUUAUUAGGUAUUCCUUGCAAUGUUUAAUUCGAAAAACUUAAAAGCGGAUUUUCAUCUUUUCAAUUUUCUCAUUGACAUUCGAUUGUGUAAUCUUUACAGCCAUAACAAAAAAAUAUAUAAAUUAAAGAAAAAAUCUUUAUAACAAUAUUCCAUCUGGAGACAGGAUCUACUUACUUCUAAUUCGUUUUAGUGUCGUAAUUUGACAUAAAGUAACAAAAGUGCGUGACAUUUUCAAAAUGAUCCCAUCAAUAAACAUUUUAUACAGAUUUGAGUGUAAAAUUAGAUUAGUUUUAAGAGUUGUGAUCUUGUAAUAAUUAGUUAGUAAGCGAAUAAAUGCGAGUAUAUUUUUCGGACUCUUUUUUUAUAAGCAAGAAAAAGAAAAUUAACAAAAAAAAUAAGAAGAAUGGCGAGGAAUUAAAAUGUUAUUAGUAAAAUUUUUUAGGAUUUUCAUUUUGGCAAUUUAUAAGACAUAAAUAAUUGUAGGUGUCUGAUGUAUGAAACAUAGCAGUGAAGGUGAUCAUGCCAUUUGAUAAGAAAACAAAAAGAGUUAUGAUUUAUAUAGCAUAAAAAGUGCAAAAUAAUAAUGUUUGCCAAUUUGCCAUUUAAAGAGUAUCAUUUAAACGAUGGAAAACAUUUCACUACCUAAACUUGUGCCUUAAAAUAUUUCUAUUAUUCUUGAAAUGCACAACAAAACGCUCGCACAAAAAGAACGUCUCGAGUACAAAAAAAAUCAUAAAAGACAUUUUUAUCUUUCUGUAAUAUGAGUUCUUACAUAAAUUCAUAAAAUUCUAAUUCUGAAACGAAAUAUUUAAAUCGAAAACACAAAUAACCGCGACAACCGCGAGUUGAAUUCCAUUCCACUCAACAUGAAAUUAUCACUGAACUAACAAAUCAAAUUAAGCAAUUGAGAGACACAAUUUAGUGAUUAAAAAUAUGAAAAAAGACUCCCAGCGAAAAUAUGCAACUCUUUUUGAAAAGUUAAAAAUUAAUACAUAUUCAUCUUUGAAUAUUCUUUUGAUAUCAAAUGUUUUAAGUAUGAAGAUCUAAAUCAAAAAUGAUUGACAACAAUGCUGUAAAAAAUCUUUCAUUGCUUUAGGAACCUUAAGACAAUUUAAUAAAAACGAAUAAUAAAUAAAAAAAAAA